AAGCAAUUUUACUUUAGUUGUAGACGCCAUUGAGAUGUCAAAAAAUAAGUGGCAAGCCAAAUACAUUUGGAAUAAUGUAAGCUGUGUGGAUACAAAUAAAUACACCUGUGUUACCUCGAAUGUGUAUUACGAGGUGUCAAUGGAGCAGUCAAUCAGACUUUUUGUCAAAUGUAAGGCAUCACUUUUUUCUAGGUCCAUUGUGUAUAAUCCUAUAAUAAUAUACAUUGAAAAAUGCUAUUCUUUUAUUAGCUGGUGCACUGUUAAAUGUUUACAUCCAUAACGUUUAGUUUUUGUCCAAUAUUGUCAAAAUUCACUUUAAUUCCAAAAGAGAUUUUAUUUAAUUUUUUUUUAUUUUGGCUCGUGCUCAUAACAAAAUAAUAAAUUACAAGUUAAAACAUCUUGAAAAUGCAAUGUUUUUUUAGUACAGAAUAGUGAGAAAACAUAGUUAUUAUUAUUGUACAAUUUUUUUAAAAAUAAUAAUAAUACAAUAAUAUGUUUAUAACUGUUUUUAUUUUUUCAAAUUGAAAACAUGACAUAUUUAGCAUUUAAAUGAAAGUAGCGUGAAAAUUACUUUAAUUUACUAUGAUAAUACUGAUUAAAUUUUUUUUCUCUAGGCUCUAUUCAAGUGUUAAAUGACAGCCUGCAGGGGGAAGAAAUUCAGACUGAAAUAGGAGGAAACGCAGUUAUUUCCCUGGAGGUAUUAGGUCAUCCAAAGCCAGCAAAAUUUGAGCUCUUUAAAGGAAUAAAAAUGUCUGCUGUGGACAUUAACAUGUUCAACGUGACAUUCACAGAAAGUGUUAGCCCCUACGGCAACAUAACCUUGACAUUGCAAAAUUUGCAAAAUGAUGAUCUGACGUUUUACACUUUAAUUGUUUACAACGGAAUAGGAAACCCAUUGAAAUAUAGAUUUAUAUUGAUGAAAGGUAAAGUAUGUUUUUUGGAUCUAUUUAUUAAGAGUAAAAGUAAUUAUAGUUAAUAUAUUUAUAAGUCUAUCUUUAUGACUGCCAGUGACUUUCUCUGUAGUCUGCUAUAUGGAUUUGUAAAUUUAGACCUGACUUUGAAAGCAAAAAAAACAACUAAAUUAUUUAUAUACAAACUUAAUGCAGGCCAACAUUAAAAAAAAAAAAAAAAGUUCCUAUGCCACUACAAGCAGGGGGCGAAAUCUUCUCCAUCCGAUUGUAAUCGUUCACCUUUUAAAAGUAGUUUUCAUCCAGGAAAACAGGGGCGUCUAACCUCAAUCUUCAAAUGGUGGAAGUAAAACUCCCCAGAAAUUUGACUUGUUCUUUUCUCUGUGUGCUUCUAAUGUUUUUUAAAAUUGUGAAUUAACUUAAUGUAUUUUUUUUAAUGUCCUGAAUAUAGUACAUUUUUUUAUCAUGUUUCAUGGAAAGUGACAAAAUUUAUUAUUAUUAUUAAAAUGACCAAAAAUUUAAAAAAAUUCUUAAAUAUAAAUUGAAUAAUUAGAUACAUUUUAAAUUAUACCACAAUCCUAUACAAAUUUUAUAAAACUCCAUAUGUUGUAUAAAACUAAACGGAAUCUAAAUUUAAAGGAAAAACGCAGCAUCCUUGAUAUUUUCUGUCGUUCAAAGCUAGAUUUUUUAAUUUUUUUUUUUGGCAUCGAUAUUUAUUUUAAUGAUUAAGGAUAAGUCAAUGUUGUUGUUUUUUUUGUUUUUUUUAAUCUUAAUUAUUUUAUUAGAAAUUGUAUCAGAAAAUUUGAUGGAAAGAAAUUUCGUCGCAGGUAAAAUGAUCGACGAUAAUUUGAUAGAAAGAAAAUUUGAUCGAUUAUUUUUUUUUUCAUCUUUUACGUUAAACUUUUUUCUUCAUAUUUAUUUUUUAACGCAUUAUGAAGUUUACUGUAUAGUCCAUUAAAAAAGAAAUUUGACGAAAAUGUUAACAUGUGAACAAGAAAAAGAUUCGACUAAAUAUUCGUUCGAUCAAAUUUCUGUCGAUUAAUUUAACGUCGACGAAAUUUGUUUUGAUCAAAUUUCCGUAAACCAUUAGAAAUGGUGGUAUUGAAGGGCCCCUUAUGUAAAUGGGAAAAUAAAAAGCUAAAUUUUUGCUUCCUAUUUCAACAUAGGAAAACACUUGUUUUAUUAACUACCACAUGUCUAUAGUUACUAAUUGAUAAUCUUCAUUAUUAUUAUUUUAAUUUUAAAAUCCUUUCACAUGUAAGCAAGAGAAGAGGUCGCCUCAACAACUCCUGCAAUAAUUGGAGGGGUUCUAGGCGGAGUUAUCUUUGUCAUUUUAAUUUGCAUUGGUGUCUUCAUAUGCAGAAAAA